GGAAAAUGCCUCGCUAUGAUGAUCGCCAUGGUGUUACAAGGCUCUAUGUUGGCCGCCUUUCUUCAAGGACCCGUUCACGUGACCUGGAGGAUCUAUUUAGCAGAUAUGGAAGGUUUAUGGGCUUUUGCCCAACCUGGAGGUCUAUGGUGAGAGGUUGCCCUUGGUGGAAUUGGUCGCUUGUCUUGCAGAAUGUAUAGGAGACUUUGGCGAUUCUAUCUUAAUGUUAUUACAAUUUUUUUUGAUGGAAAUGGCAACAAUCUCAAACUGGUGUUAUAGUUCAUCUUUGAGGGGCGAAGUAUCAGUCCUUUGGUUCUAACGUGUUGAUGGCCUUACUGUUUGUGGCACCCAUUUACGCAGAGUACGUGAUGUGGACAUGAAGCGUGAUUAUGCCUUUGUGGAAUUUAGUGAUCCUAGAGAUGCUGAUGAUGCAAGAUAUAGCAUGAAUGGCCGGGAAGUAGAUGGAAGUCGUAUUAUUGUGGAAUUUGCAAAGGGGGUACCACGUGGUCCUGGUGGCUCCCGUGAUCGUGAUUAUCUUGGCAAGGGUCCAGCUCCUGGAACUGGGCGCUGCUUUAAUUGUGGAAUCGAUGGCCAUUGGGCUCGAGAUUGCAAAGCUGGGGACUGGAAGAACAAGUGCUAUCGAUGUGGUGAACGAGGCCAUAUAGAAAGGAACUGUCAAAACAGCCCCCAAAAGCUAAAACGCGGGCGCAGUUAUUCUCGAUCACCAUCUCCUCCUCGUCGUGGCAGGAGUCCAAGCCGUAGUUACAGCAGGAGCAGAAGCUACAGCCGAUCGAGGUCUCCACCAAGGAGGGAUCGUAGCAACGAGCGUGAGGAGAAAAGAUCUAGGAGCCCUAAGCGUCACAGGGUAUCAUCUCCACCACCAUCCAAAGGGAGGAAGCACAGCCCAACACCUGAUGAGAGAAGCCCCCGAGAGAGGGGCACUCCUUCACCAAGGGAUGGUAGGCCAACCAAUGACUCAGAGUAUAGUAGAAGCCCUAAAGAUGAUGCUCCAAGGGAUGAUGGUAUCAAAGAUAGGAGUCCUCUUGAAGAAAAUGGCCGUAGCCGAAGUCCUAGCCCCAUCCGUAGGGACAAUGGAAGCCCCGCUGAUAAUGAUGAAACCAAUGGUUCACCAAGGGGCAGUGAGUGAGAUAUGAAGUAUCUCAACUCUCCUUCAUUUCUGUGUAAUCUGUUUUGGGAGGUCUAUAUGUAUUAAUUUGGUGCUGGAACUCAUUAUCCCUGUUUCUAUGAGAUUUUAUACAAUCUAUUACAUUUGAAGAACGAUUUAAUCCACUUUGUUCUGUGUGUUGAUACGCCAGCCAAUUAGCCAAAUAAGUUGGCAGUUUGAUAAUACACUGAAUUUCUACUCC